UGGUAACACUGAAUGGAGAGUUUCCUCCUCCUGUUCGUAGAUAUAUAACCUCAACUUGUCUCUCAAAUUUUUCUCUUUUAAUUUAUUUAACUUGAAUCAAAAUGGCUCGACGAGCUUUAAAAGCAAUUAAUUGGGCUGGAAUGGCAGAGUUGAUUCCAGAAAGUGAAAAAAAUAUGUUAGCCACCUUGAAAUCCAAGACGGAUCAGUAUUUACGAAAGGUGAACGAAUUUCCCGAAUCAGCUCCAAAAAUUGAUUGGCCACAAUAUAAGAAAGUAAUUUCUGUUCCUGGUAUGGUUGAUACGUUUCAAAAGCAUUAUGAAUCGAUGCAAGUACCUUUCCCCGCUGACAACUAUACUAAUCUUAUAGAAGCCGAGGAAAAAGAUAUAACUGGUAGAAUCGAAGAUUUUAAAAGACAGUGUGAUCAGUCCAUAGCAAAUUUCAAGGCAGAAAUAGAAAGAAUCAAUAAUACAUUACCGGUCGAAGAAAUGAAUAUGGAAGAAUUAGUGGAAGCUUAUCCUGAUUUUAAACCAAAUACUGUUGAGAAACCAUCAAUUUGGCCCCAUUCUCCUGAAUUCCAACCUGAAAAUAUUGCAAAAGAAAAAGUUGAAUCAGCACAUUAGAUAUUUUUUCAUCAAGAGAGCAGUGUAGUCAGAAUUAUACAAAAUCUUAAAAUUCAUCUCUUUCAGAGUAAAUAAAUAUUUAAUCAAAAUUAUUUCCAUUACAAUUUAGUUUAUUCAAUGAACAAAACAAAAAAAAUAGAUCUACCGCUGUCUAUGUACUGUUUGAAUAAAUAUAUGAUUAUUGUUUA